AUGUGCUUUCUCUUUUCUUCUCUUUAUACCUGCGCUUUCUCUUUUCUUCUCUUUACACCUGUACAGAUUUGUAUAUUAAUCUACCUGUCUCUUUAUAAAACCUGUUUAAACAGGUGCUUUUUCCUUCUCUUUACACCUGUACAGAUUUGUAUACUAAUCUACCUGUCUCUUUAUAAAACCUGGUUAAACAGGCGCUUUCUCUUUUCUUCUCUUUACACCUGUGCUUCCUCCUUUCUUUUCUUUUCACCUGUACAGAUUUGUAUAUUAAUCUACCCGUCUCUUUAUAAAACCUGGUUAAACAGGUGCUUUCUCUUUUCUUCUCUUUACACCUGUGCUUUCUCUUUUCUUCCCUUUACACCUGUACAGAUUUGUAUAUUAAUCUACUUGUCUCCUUGUAAAACCUGGUUAAACAGAUGCUUUCUUCUUCUCUUUACACCCGUACAUAUUUGUAUAUUAAUCUACCUGUCUCUUUAUAAAACCUGGUUAAACAGGUGCUUUUCUCUUUUUCUCCUUACACCUGUACAGAUUUUUAUAUUAAUCUACCUGUCUCUUUAUAAAAAAAACCUGGUUAAACAGGUGCUUUCUUUUUUCUCCUUACACCUGUACAGAUUUUUUAUAUUAAUCUACCUGUCUCUUUAUGAAACCUGGUUAAACAGGUGCUUUCUCUUUUUUUCUCCUUACACCUGUACAGAUUUGUAUAUUAAUCUACCUGUCUCUUUAUAA